CAAUAUUUUAAAGCGAAAAUUUUAUGGUAAAUAGAAUUCAUUAAGAUGUAUGGCAUUAAAAAAUUUCAGCUUAUUUGGUUAAGCCAUUCGUGAUAUAUCGUUGCAUUAGGACCCCCAUUUACAUAUUGGGUCAUUUUUAGGCCUUUUCGUAAAAUGCUCAUAAAAAACCGAGGGAUCAAUAUUUUGAAUCGGCUUGCGUCAAAAAUCAUAAAACACUUCCCUCUAUAACAUGUCUUAAAUUGAGAAAAAUCUAACGACAUCAAUUGAGCAGGGUCUCUAUGAAGUCGGUCGUGGCUGAUACGGACUGGCUCUUAACUGACAACACAAACAUCUCUAUUGUCAGAUCUGAUCAUAUAUAAAGACCGUUGGGUUCAAAAGGUGUGAUUUCAGAUUCAGCUUAUUCAAGACUUUUCAAACUGGAACUCAGACAGGACUCGGUUAAUUAAACUUUUUCGAACUGGAAAUUCCAUUGUUAAUAUUCCCAAUGGAGUUUUGUGAAUUCGAUCUAAAACAAGUUUUGAAGUAUAGGCGCAGAAAUUUGGAUUCUUCUGCCCUACAGGUCAUGCCAGAAAUAGACGUGAGACCGAAACCUAUUGCAGGAUUAUUAUGAAACACGAUUAUAUUCAACAUAUAUAUAUCUUUUUCCCUUCUUUCACGCUCACUAUUAUGAAUUAAGAUUAAUCUCUUUUAUGACUGACACAAUAACAGUUGACUGUAAAUCAUAAAUUGAUAUAAAUGGUGACAAAAUUUCUUCAUUUUCAAGUUUUGUAGUUUCGAUGUGUUUCAUAUUUUAACUCUUGAGCGAUUACGCUAACAAUUUUUUUUAAUCAAAUUUGAUGGUCGCUUAGAAGCAACGAUACACUUUUUCGAUUAUUUUAUAUUUAACGACUAGCACGUACAUGUUUCUCAAGCAAUCUUCCCAUUAAUGUAUAAUAAUAAAAUUAUAAUUGGUUCUUAAUUUUAGAAUAGCAUCCGUCAAGUCGGCGUUUGACUCCAUCAAUAAGAAGUUUUCGAAACUGGGUUCCAGUUCAGGGCCUAUCCAACGAGCUUUAUUCAUAUCACAAGUCUACUGGAACUCUGACAGAAUCACAUUAUGACUGACUCUUAGAUCGUAUCACAAGGCUAUUUAAUCAAAGAAUACAACUCGUAACGAUCAUUAUUGGACCCAGAGGAGUAAAAGCAACACUUCCGUACUUUGAAGUGUAGUGUAUCGUACUUCACUCAUACUUUAGAGUACUGGAGUUUUGCUUUUUACUUCCUUGGUUGGAAGUUAUUUGCAUUCUACUGUUUACUAUUGUUAGCAGAAUAAAUUUUCAAAAAAGUCGGAAACUCGUCUUUUAUGAUAAAAUAAUAUGUGAUAACUUAUCGGUAGAAUCGCUUACAGAUAUACAACAGUUUGAGAAAUCAUCUCAAUUUAAUUUUAUCUCUAAACUUUGACGAUAAUCAUGUUUAAUAUUUUCAAAUAAAUAGAUUUUAUCUCUUUAUUUAGAUGAUCAAUGUCAUCUUGUAUUUAAUGAUCGUGAAUUUCUUGCUGAUUUUCUUUAUCAGUUAAAUUAAUAUUAUAGUUUAAUAAUAAAAACUACACGUAUACGUUAUUAUCGAUGGGCAUUAACAAUUAUUUUUUUCUUAUUGCCAAUAUUAUAUAAUAUUUUAUCAAAUUUAAUAUCCCGUAAUGGAAAUGAUAAUGGAAUAUUUAAAAUGGAUAUUAAUUCACUUAAUCCUUAUACAAUUUUAUAUAAUACAGACUCAAGUAUAGAAAAAUAUUUUCAUGCAACUGUUAAUAAUGCAAAAUUAGAACAAAGUUUAGGAAUUAUAUCUCAAAUGAAUAAAAAUAUUUGGCAAAAGCGAAUAGAUUAUCUAUAUACAUAUGCAGAUAUUUAUCUUGGUUUUAAUAUUCCAAAAGCAAUUGAUGAUACAUAUAAAAUUGAAGCAUUAUCAUCAAAUUUAAUAUCUGGUUUUGAAAUUGUUUCAAUUGCACCAAAUACAUUUUAUAAAUAUAUAUAG